AUGUAUAUGAUAACCUCGGGUGAGCCUCCAUAUUUUAAUGAAAAUUUGUCUCCAUCAUUCUCAUCGCCCCCAUCGCUUUGUGCUAAUGAAAAUUGUACAAAUGACAUUUCAUCAUCGAUUGCUACGAAUACAUUUCCUAAUUCAUUAGUUAUUAUAUUUAUAUUAUCUAUAUUAUGUCUUUUUGGUGUCUGUUUUAUGAUAUUUGGUCCAUUGCAACGAUCAGAAGCUCAUAAACGUAUCGAAAAUUAUACAUUUGGUCUUCAUCCAAUAUUUAAUGUUGAUAAUCGUAAACAAUCGAGUACGACACGUUAUGAUGAAUCUAUGGAAUUCUCAUCGAUAUAA